AUGUGGCCUUCUACUUACUUGAUACCCCCUUUGCCUCCAUUGAAAAGACGUAUGCCAGGCAGGCCAACAAUAAAGAGAAGAAGAGAUGCUUCUGAACGGAUGGGAAAACACACUGUCUCCAAGGCAGGGAAGAAAGUUUCUUGUAGUAUAUGUAAGGAGAAAGGACACAACAAGGCUACUUGUAGUAAAGGUGUAGGGACAUCCAAACAAAAUGGAACAAAGAAACAAAAAACUAUACCUACGCAGGAGUCUGUAAAUGUUGCCACAGGGGAUGGGGAUGAUGAGGUAAUGGUAGAUGCUAGUGAUGCUUUGGAGAGGACUGGUAAGGAAGGGGUGAAGGUCAAUGCUCGUGUUCAUCAAGUUAAGCAUGUUAAACCGCCUAACAAACGAAAAAAGUCAGAAAGAAUCAUUAAAAUGAAGCUUGCAAAAUAUGUGGGAGGUGAAGGUAGCAGUCUUGCAACGGACAUGGAGUUGGAUUAG